UCUCUCGCACCGACCGCGCGACCACCGACCGCUCACAGACCGACCGAUCGUGAAAGCCAAGUUUAUUUUCUGAUUUCUCGCGUAAAUUGUGUUUCCUUCAUCUUCAGUGACAUGUGAAUCAAAAGCGCAAAUGACCGUCGGCUCCAACCGCCCACAAGUUCUUCUAGGUUAGGACGUCCUUCAACAUCUUCUGCACGUUCUGUUUCUGAAGAGGAGCUUAUUGAUGGCAUCUCACGAACUACUGUACCCAACAGAGAUGGCUGUUACGAAUACUGGAACCUCUAUCUGCCACAGACUUGCAAAAAAUUUCAGUACAAACAGGAAGAUUUUUAUUUUCAUAUUGGUUUCACUUGCAUUGUUUUAUAUUCCUGCGUAUCACCAAUUAGCUCAACCUCAAAGUCAUGAUGAGGAACUUGAUGGCUGGCCAAGAAAUGGGACACGAGAGGUUCGUUUAUUUAUUCAACCAGACAAUGUUACCACGAUAAUAUCUCCAAAUUUCUGUGAAAGCAAGCAACCAUUUCUUUUGGUUGUUGUGUGCUCUGCUGUUCACAACUCAGAAGCUCGCAAAGCAAUCCGUGAAACAUGGGCAUCCAGUAGCAGUUCUUUGAGAGAAAACAACAGAAUAAGCAAUGAAGUAGUUCCUCAUCCUCUCAAAGACGUUUUUGUGGUUUUUCUAUUGGGAGACCCAGAUAACUCCACUCUUCAGUCAGUUGUGGAGGAGGAAAGCCGAAGAUUUGGUGACAUUGUGCAAGAAGGGUUUAUUGAUUCAUACAACAAUUUGACUGUUAAAUCUGUCAUGCUGUUGAAGUGGGUAACUCAAAGAUGCAGCAGUGCUGUUUACGUUAUGAAAACAGAUGAUGAUACCAUGGUGAACUUACAAUCACUCCAGCUAUUUUUACAAUCACAUCAGGCAUCAUUAGCAAGGCCCCAAACCAAGAAAGUGCCUCUUUUAGUUGGAAAUUUAAUAUGUGGAGCCAGGCCAAUCCGUGAUUCAACCAACAAAUGGUACAUGCCCAGGUACAUUUUUGCAGGGCGAACAUACCCCAAUUAUUUGUCUGGCUCUGGUUAUGUCAUGUCACAAGAAGUUGUUCAGGCCUUAUAUGAAGCAUCACAAAAAGUGUCACUCAUACCCCUCGAAGAUGUUUAUGUAACUGGUCAAUGUGCAGCGUAUUCUGGAAUAAGGCCUUCUGGUCAUCCUGGAUUUCGUUUGGGUAAAAGACCCAUGUCGACAUGGGGUCAAGAUAAAUCUUUUCUUGCCCCGUUUUAA